AUGGCAAGGAAUCUGAAUGUGUUGGAAAUCCUUCUGAUCAUCUUCUUCCUAAUUAUACUGGCCUUAGAUAUCUUCUUGAUGCUUUUGGUGUUCCAUGAUACAGGGACUUCAUCUCUUCCGGACUGCCCAGAGAUCCCUGAAUCAGAGAGGAUAGACUGUGUUCCUGGCCGAGUGGUGACAGAGAAUGUCUGCAGAUGGAUAUAUAAAUGCUGCUGGAAGCCUGUGUCACAUGCAGAAGCCCCAAAGUGCUUCUUCUCUAGGAACUGGGGCUAUCAGGUCAAGAGUAGACAGAAUGAUACGACGACAGGAUUUACUGCCCACUUGACAAGGCUACCAUCCCCAUCUCUGUUUGGACAGGAUGUCACCGACACCCUCUUCACAGCUGACUAUCAGACAUCCAAUCGUUUUCAUUUUAAGAUCACUGAUAAGGAUAACAAACGCUAUGAAGUCUCCCUUGAAAAUACGAACCUGCUUGAUAAGACUGUUAAUGCCUCUGAUUUGAACUAUCACGUAGAGGUCAUUCAUGACCCCUUCAGCAUCAAGAUCAUACGAACCAGCAACAGAAGAGUCUUGUUGGACACAAGCAUCGGGCCCUUGCAGUUCGCCCAUCAGUACCUGCAGCUGUCUUUCCGGCUGCCCAGCAACGCUGCCGUGUAAGGGCUGGGAGAACAUGUGCACCAGCAGUACCGCCACAACAUGAGCUGGAAGACCUGGCCCAUCUUCACUCAGGAUGCCACCCCCACCAACGGCAUGAUCAAUCUGUACGGAGCUCAUACAUUCUUCCUGUGCCUCGAAGACACCAGCGGCUCCUCUUUUGGGGUUUUUCUGUUGAACAGUAAUGCCAUGGAGGUCACCCUUCAGCCUGCUCCUGCAAUCACUUACCGCACGAUUGGGGGCAUCCUUGACUUUUAUGUAUUCCUGGGAAACACUCCGGAACAAGUGGUCCAGGAAUACCUGGAGCUCAUCGGACGACCAUCCUUGCCUCUCUACUGGAGUCUUGGGUUCCAGCUCAGUCGCAGGAACUAUGGUGGCAUCAAUGGAUUGAGGGCGGUUGUGAAACGAAAUUGUGAGGCUAAGAUCCCAUAUGACGUCCAGUAUUCUGACGUAGACUACAUGGAAGGGGGAAAGGAUUUCACGUUUGAUAACACGACUUACACUCAUCUCGAAAAUUUUCCCCAAGACUUACAUAAUCAAGGAAUGAAAUAUGUAAUCAUGAUGCAUCCUGGAAUCUUACGUAAGUCUGGCUACCAGCCCUAUGACAGUGGAAGUGAGAAGAGAGUAUGGAUCAUGGGGGACAAUGGCUUUGCUGUUGGGCAGGGAUAUCCUGGAUUGGUGGUCUUUCCUGAUUUCAGCAAUCCAUUUUGUACUCAGUGGUGGAAAGAGCAGUUCAUUGAAUUUAACAACACUCUCAAUUUUGAUGGAGUGUGGAUUGAAAUGGAUGAAGUAGCCAGCUUUCUCCAUGGGUCCAAUCAUACGUGUGAAUCAAACCACUUGAACUUUCCUCCUUUCACUCCCAGAGUUCUGGACCACUCGCUAUUUGCAAGAACCCUCUGCAUGGAUGCAGAAUUUCACCAGGGCCUUCACUAUGAUCUCCACAGCUUGUACGGCUACUCCAUGGCAAAAGCUACCAACAUGGCGAUGGAGAGUAACCACACCAACAAUAGGAGCUUCGUCUUAUCCCGUUCUACUUUUGCUGGGUCUGGCAAAUUUGCUGCUCAUUGGUUGGGGGACAAUGCAGCCACAUGGGAUGAUCUCCGAUGGUCCAUCCCUAGUAUCCUUGAGUUCAACCUAUUUGGUAUCCCCAUGGUAGGUGCCAAUAUCUGUGGUUAUACAAAAAAUGUCACAGAUGAGCUCUGCACAAGAUGGAUGCAGCUUGGAGCCUUUUAUCCACUAUCAAGGAAUCACAAUGGGCCUGGGUUCAGGGAUCAGGAUCCCGCUGCCUUUGGUAUGCAGUCUCUGCUGGUGAAUUCCUCCAGACAUUAUCUGAACAUCCGCUACACUCUACUCCCCUAUCUCUACACCCUUUUCUACCGAGCUCACACCCGGGGAGACACCGUAGCAAGGCCUCUUGUCCAUGAGUUCUACCAGGAACCAGCUACAUGGGAGGUACACGAGCAGUUCCUAUGGGGGCCUGGCCUUCUCAUCACACCUGUUUUAUAUGAGGGUGUGGACCAAGUGAAAGCAUACAUACCAGAUGCCAUCUGGUACGACUAUGAGACGGGAGUAGCCAUCCAGUGGAGGAAACAACUGGUGGAAAUGCAGCUACCACUCCAUAAGAUUGGACUCCACCUCCGUGGGGGCUUCAUAUUUCCCACCCAGCAGCCCAGCACAACCACAGAGGCCAGUCGGAACAAUUCCAUGGGACUCAUUGUUGCCUUGGACUAUAAGAGAGAAGCAAAGGGAGAGCUGUACUGGGAUGAUGGUAUAUCCAAAGAUGCAGUUAAUGAAAAGAAGUAUGUUCUGUAUGAUUUUUCUGUCACCUCUAACAGUCUACAGGCAAAAGUUAUAUUUUGUGACUACCCUGGGCCUAACCUCACGUUUACAGAUAUCACAAUCUUAGGAAUGGACAAGGAACCUACUGGUUUCAUUGUUUCAUCAAAUAGUUCUUCCUUGGCCAUUUCAAAACCUUCCUAUGAUCCUUUAUCCAAGGUGGUGAAGCUCACUGAUCUCCAGGGACUGGUACUUGGACAAGAAUUCUCCAUUACAUGGAAUCUUCCAGUCAGUUACCUGGAGAAAUUCAACUGCUACCCUGAGGAGCCUGCUGUCUCUAAGGAGCGCUGCACACAGCGAGGCUGCCUCUGGGAGGACACAGAUGAUCCAGAUGUACCUACCUGUUACUAUGACACCAUCCCUAGUUAUGCUGCUAGUAACAUUCAGUACCUGCCUACGGGCAUCACCACAGACCUCACCUACCUGAUGGCCCCUGAAUCUACUCGAGCAGCCCCUGCUGCUGGCUCUCUCUCUGCAACGAUCCGCUCCCUCCGCCUGAGUGUCAUCUACCACACAGAAAACAUGCUGCAGUUCAAGAUCUUUGAUGCCACUAACAAAAGGUACGAGGUCCCAGUGCCUCUGAACACGCCUCCCUCUCCAGUUGGCUCCCCCAAAAACCGUUUGUAUGAUGUCAGGAUUCAGAACAAUCCUUUUGGGAUCCAGAUUCGGCGAAAAAGCUCCAAAACUGUGAUUUGGGACUCUCAGCUCCCUGGCUUCACUUUCAACGACAUGUUCCUCUCCAUUUCAACUCGCCUCGCCUCUAAGCACCUCUAUGGCUUUGGAGAGACUGAGCACACAGCUUUCAAAAGAAAUAUAAACUGGACCAUGUGGGGAAUGUUUGCCCGUGAUGAGCCCCCGGCGUACAAGAAGAAUUCCUAUGGUGUCCAUCCCUACUACAUGGCACUGGAGCAGGAUGGCAGUGCCCAUGGAGUGCUCCUGCUAAACAGCAACGCCAUGGAUGUGUCAUUCCAGCCCACUCCUGCCCUGACAUACCGCACCACAGGAGGGAUUUUGGACUUUUAUAUGGUUUUGGGGCCAACCCCUGAGCUUGUAACUCAGCAAUACACUGAGUUGAUUGGUCGGCCAGCAAUGACUCCAUACUGGGCCUUGGGAUUCCAGCUAAGUCGCUAUGGAUACCAGAAUGAUACCGAGAUCUCCCUGUUGUAUGAGGCAAUGAUGGCGGCCCAGAUUCCCUAUGAUGUCCAGCAUGUAGACAUCGAUUACAUGGACCGGAAGCUGGACUUCACUCUCAGCCCCAACUUCCAAAACCUUGGUCUCUUGAUUGACCAAAUGAAGAAAAAUGGCAUGAGAUUCAUUCUCAUUCUGGACCCAGCCAUUUCUGGCAAUGAGACCCAUUAUCCCACAUUCAAGAGAGGACAGGAAAACAAUGUAUUCAUCAAAUGGCCUGAUAACAGUGACAUUGUCUGGGGAAAGGUUUGGCCAGAUUUGCCCAAUGUGAAUGUGAAUACUACCCUUGACCAUGAAACUCAAGUUAAGCUCUACAGAGCCUACGUUGCUUUUCCUGACUUCUUACGUAAUAGCACAGCUGCAUGGUGGAAGAAGGAAAUACAAGAGCUCUAUAUGAACCCUCAAGAGCCAAGGAAGAGCUUGAAGUUUGAUGGAUUGUGGAUUGACAUGAAUGAGCCAUCAAACUUUGUGGAUGGAUCUGUCAGGGGCUGCAGCGAUGGAAUUCUUAAUAACCCACCCUAUAUGCCAUCUUUGGAGUCCAGGAACAAGGGCCUGAGCAGUAAGACCCUGUGCAUGGAGAGUCAGCAGUUCCUGCCAGAUGGCUCGCCGGUGCGGCACUAUGAUGUGCACAGCCUGUACGGAUGGGCCCAGACCAGACCCACCUACGAAGCUGUGCGGGCAGUGACGGGACAGCGAGGGGUGGUCAUCACCCGCUCCACAUUCCCCUCUUCUGGCCGCUGGGGAGGUCACUGGCUGGGAGACAACACGGCCGCGUGGGACCAGCUGAGGAAGUCUAUCAUUGGCAUGAUGGAGUUCAGUCUCUUUGGAAUAUCUUAUACAGGAGCAGAUAUCUGUGGGUUCUUUGGAAAUGCUGAAUAUGAGAUGUGUGUUCGCUGGAUGCAGCUGGGGGCCUUUUACCCAUUUUCCAGAAACCACAACACCAUCGGGACAAGGAGACAAGAUCCUGUGGCCUGGGAUUCAACCUUCAAGAUGUACUCAAGAAAAGUCCUUCAGACAAGAUACACCCUGCUGCCUUACCUCUACACUUUGAUGCAUAAAGCUCACGUUGAGGGCAGCACUGUCGUCCGACCCCUUCUCCACGAGUUUACAAAUGACAACAUAACAUGGGAUAUAGACCAUCAGUUUAUGUUGGGCCCUGCCAUCUUAAUCAGCCCCGUGCUGGAAAGUAACACGUUUAAGGUCUUGGCUUACUUCCCCAGAGCCCGCUGGUACGACUACAGCACGGAAUCUGGCAAUACGUCAACAGGUGAGUGGAGAACCCUGGAGGCUCCUCUUGACCACAUCAACGUACACAUCAGAGGAGGCUACAUCCUGCCUUGGCAAGAGCCUGCAAUGAACACUCACUCCAGUCGACAAAAAUUCCUGGGAUUGAUAGUUGCCUUGGAUGACAAUGGGAAAGCUGAAGGUCAGAUAUUCUGGGACGAUGGACAAAGCAUUGAUACCUAUGAAAAUGGAAACUAUUUCUUGGCAAACUUUAUAGCAGCUCAGGACAUUUUGCAAAUCCAGACCAUGCACAAUAAGUAUUUGAGCGACUCAAAUCCACUGAAAGUUGGAUAUAUUAAAAUCUGGGGGAUAAACUCUGCUUAUGUGACACAAGUCACUUUUACUUAUGACAACCAGCAAUUCACGGAGAAGAAUUUCCAGAGUGACCCUUACAAUCAGAUACUAACUAUUCAAUUGACUGACAAGAUUAUCAGCCUGGAAAAACUAACUGAGGUUACCUGGAUAUAUGGUGGCCCUAUAGUUUCCACGUCACCUAUGACAAGUACCUUCCCGACAAGUUCUCUACAUACUUCUACAUUUACAACUAAUGCUACCACUUUUGAGACUGUGAGCACUAGUUCUCCUACUACAACAAGGAGUACUCUUCCUGUCACAACCACUCAUUUCCCAGCAAAUACAACUGAAGCUACAAAUAGUACAACUAUUACUAAUAGCACCACACCUGCCCCUACAAGUACGACUACUAGUACUAGUACUCACCCUGUCACAACCACUCAUUUCCCAGCAAAUACAACUGAAGCUACAAAUAAUAGUACUACUUAUACUAAUAGCACCACACCUGCCCCUACAAGUACAACUACUACUACUAGUACUCUUCCUGUCACAACCAUUUCUUUCCCAAAAAGUACUACUGAAGUUACAACUAGUAUUACUAGUUCUGCUACCACUACAUCUGCUCCUACAAGUACCACUACUGCUAGCACUAGUAUUCUUCCUAUUACAGCAUCUCCUUUUCCAACAAGGACUAUUGAAAUUACAACUAGUACUACCAGUUCUGAUACCAUACCAUCCCCUACAAGUAGCAGUGGUAGCACUAGUACUCUUCCUGUCACAACCACUCUUUUCCCAACAACUAUUACCAAAGUUACAGCUAGUACUACCCAUCCUGAUACCACUACACCUUACCCUAUGAUUACUGCUAAUUCUACUACUACUCUUCCUAACACAACCACUCUUUUCCCUACAAGUACUAUUGAAGUUCCAACUCGUACUACUAUUCCUGAUACUACUACAGCAUCUCCUACAAGUAUUCCUACAAUGUCUACUCCUUCUCCUACAGAUAUUUAUUCUACUAGCACUAGUAUAACAGCUAAUACCACCACCAACACUAUAAACAGUACAGGGCAUACAACACAGCAGCUCACAAUCUGGUAA